UUACGUCAACUGACGAGCGGAGAAGUUUUUUUUAUGAGUACUAUUUCAUUUCUCCCCUUCUUCUGUUUCCCGCUGCAGUUCCUGCUUUACACGCAGACUGUCAUUCAGAAAUACUACAGUCUUCUGCUUCUACUCACGUGUUUGACCUCAGUCUACAUAAACUGUGUUUUUAUCUUUUACUCCUCUGUUAUUGUGUCGCUCGCGGUGACUUAUUGUGAAGGUUUUUUUUUUAAUUAUUAUUGUUAUUUCACUGCACUUCACUCGCGCUGCGGUGACAUCUCCUCACAUCUCCUCACGCUGUUGUAAUUAAGAAGCUGAGAGAGAGAGAGAGGAGGUGGAUAAAGUUAGUGCGGGAUAACGGGCACGUUAACCGUGCAGGACACCAGUGGCUCACAUUAACUGGAGGAUCUGUCAUCACUGCUGGGACUCUCACUAUCUAAGAGGCCGCGCGUCAGAGUGCUUUUUCUCUGAGAAUUAACCCCGAAAAUGAUUCUGUGGUUGUGUCUGCUGCUGGAGAUGGUCCUGGUGUCCACUGCUGCGAGGGGUCCCCCCAGGGUGUCGGAGCGGGUGGCUCACCGCCAGAGCGUCCGCCUCGGUCGCACCAUGAAGCUGCCUUGUCCGGUGGAGGGCGACCCCCCGCCGCUCAUCAUGUGGACCAAAGACGGACGCAACAUCCACAGCGGCUGGACGCGAUUCAAGGUGUUGCAGCACGGCCUGCGAAUCAAAGAUGUGGAGACGGACGACGCGGGGACUUACAUCUGCAAGGCCACCAACGGCUUCGGGAGCGUCAACAUCAACUACACGCUCAUCAUCAUCGAUGACUCCGGCGCGAGAGGUGGAGCAGGAGCGGCCAAUGGUGACUCGGAACACGGCCCAGAGCUUGCCGGGAAACUGGUGCGUCCGCGUUUUACCCAGCCGGCAAAGAUGAGGAAGCGUGUCAUCGCUCGUCCGGUGGGCAGCUCGGUGCGUCUGAAGUGCACGGCGAGCGGAAACCCUCGGCCCGACAUCGUCUGGCUGAAGGACAAUCGGCCGCUGGUGGACGAAGAAGGCGGAGCCGGAGGAGACGGAAAGAAGAAGAAGUGGACUCUGAGUCUGAAGAACCUGACGCCGGAGCACAGCGGGAAGUACACCUGCCACGUGUCCAACAGAGCAGGGGAGAUCAACGCCACCUACAAAGUGGAAGUCAUACAGCGUACCAACUCUAAACCCAUCCUGACCGGCACUCACCCCGUCAACACCACCGUAGACUACGGCGGAACCACGUCCUUCCAGUGUAAAGUCCGCAGCGACGUCAAGCCGGUGAUCCAGUGGCUCAAACGGGUUGAACCCGGCGACGAGAACAAAUUCAACUCCACUAUAGAGGUCGGAGAUCAUCGCUUUGUGGUCCUGCCGACGGGAGAGGUGUGGUCUCGUCCCGACGGAUCUUACCUCAACAAGCUGCUGAUCACCAGAGCCAAGGAGGAGGACGCGGGCAUGUACAUCUGCCUGGGAGCCAAUACCAUGGGCUACAGCUUCAGGAGCGCCUACCUGACUGUGCUGCCAGAUCAGAAGCCCCAAAUCAACUCUGUGCCCACGGCACCGUCCCCGGGCCUCCCCUGGCCCGUCAUCAUUGGAAUACCAGCAGGCGUCGCUUUCAUCUUAGGCACCGCCCUCCUCUGGUUCUGCCAGUCGAAGCGCACCUGCUCCUCCUCCUCGUCGUCCUCCUCCUCCUCCUCGUCCUCCACUUUGCCCGCCGCUCAGCGUCAGCCGGCGGGCGGCCGCGAGCGGUCCUGCCCCGCGCCGCCUCCGCAGACGUCCAGCGGGGACAAAGAGUGUCUGUCGUACGAGGACUACGUCGCACAUCAGCAGCUGCUCGUGGCUCAGGGAAGCGCUCCUCUGGCGCCGAAGGUCUACCCCAAGAUCUACACGGAUAUUCACACGCACACGCAUUCGCACGUGGACGGGAAAGUGCACCAGCACCAGCACAUUCACUACCAGUGUUAGCAGCCUGGGGGCGUGUUUCCCUAAUCAACUCUCGCGUGAACACGUUUUUCCUGUGCGCGAGGAUCCGGUCACAGCGGUGCCAACGCUAGCCGCUGACACACACAGCAAAGAACAAGGGAAAGCCGCAUGCAAGGGACACAUGGAGUCACGCAACUUCUUCCUCACUGUGCUCCAGCUGUAAUGUUAUGCACGAAUGGAUUCAAGACACAAACAAUGAAGAAUGUACAGACAGAGAGGAGAUCUUUAUUUUUAGCCAACGUGGGAGCAAAUCUCAAAAACAAUCUGUGACUGAGCGAUCCCUAAAUAUAUGUCGCAGUCACGCCUCGUGUUAAAUACCAAAUCUUUUUUAUAUUAUAUCUGUUUUUUUCCCACCUUGUUGAUCAAAAAGCCUCGACAGUGAACCCGGCAAUUUAUCUGCCUCUGUUCUUUUAGUACUUUGGGAAACAACCGCAACCUCCUCGCUCACACUCACAGGCUCCAAAUAUAGCUACACGUGUAUAUAUAGUGGAUUAUGAUUAUAUGGCAUUUAGCAUGCUACUUCAUCCCGGAUAAUCUAUAUAGCAACAUAUAGCAUGUGUGUGUAAUGUAACUUCAGAGUGUAUCUCAGGCGUCGGCCCAGCUGAGCCAUAAGAACCACAACAGGAGACAAACGCUGCUGCUGCUGCUGCCGCCUGCUGUGUGAGAGAGAGAGAGCUCACAUCAGCCUCUCUUAGCAGCUAAAAUGUGAUUUCUGCUUUAGCCCGGGGACCUCCUGCAGACAGCAGAUGCGGAAGUAAUCACUUGAUCUCUUCAGACUCCGAUAAGUACUUUUACCCCCCCCCCUCCAACCCACAGAUUGACGGCAUUUCCUGUUUGCGCUUGUCAGGAAGUCAGUUCUCAUCUUGUUUUGAGCAAAGGGAUCAUCACCACGAGUCCUCUCUUGGAUGUUUGGAUGUAUCACACAGGUCCUUUAAAGACAGACACACGUUUGUCGUCAGAUGGCCUCUGCUGUCACUCAUCUUUUCCCAGCAGCCAUUUUUACACCACACUGGUAAAAGAACCCUGAUACUGAUCACAUGGCAGUGUGCAGUUCAUAUAGUCGCGACUGAAGCGAGGUUUCCCAAAAUUUGAACUGAAUUCAAGGGAAUAUUAGAUGAUUAUUUCACCUCAGAAGGAUGAUAAGUCGUCUCUUAUUCGCCGAAUGUGUUUAAGGGCUGCAACAAACAAUUCUUUUCGUAACCGAUUCAUGUGUCAGUUAUUUUCUCGAUUAAUUCAGGACUUGUUUGGGUCGAAAAAUGACAGAAAAUCUUCAAAAACUGUUGAAUCGGUGUUUGACAAACUGGAAACGCUGAUGUUCUCGAAUUUCUCUGUUUUUGUUCACAAACUAAAAUGAUUCAGGUUCAUGAUUUUCUU